AUGGCCACGACCUCGAAGCAGCGCCUGGCGCUCGCAAUCUGCGACUUCCUCUCGACCUCGCUCAACGACGGCACCCUCGCCUCCGAGGACAAGGACAGCAUCGAGGUGGCCAUAAACUGCAUCGGCGAGUCCUUCAAGGUGGACCCGGCCGACAAGGCCGCCAUGUCCGCCGCUGUCGGCUCGCAGAACCUGCUGCAGAUCUACGGCGUCUACGAGAAGCUCAAGUCGUCCAACAACCCGAUACCGUCCGCCUCGCCCAGCAUACCGACCGCCGCCACCGGCUCUUCAUCCUCUACCGGAGCAGGUGCAGACACCAAAACCCCGUCCCCCGAAGACAAGGCCCGCGCCGAGGAGCUCAAGGGCAAGGGCAACAAGGCCAUGACGACCAAGGACUACCCGUCGGCCAUCGACCUGUACACGCAGGCGCUGGCCCUGCACCCGGGCAACGCCAUCUUCCUCUCGAACCGCGCGGCCGCGUACUCGGCGGCCCGCGACCACGAGAGCGCGCGCGCCGACGCCGAGGCCGCCGUCGCCAUCGACCCGGACUACACCAAGGCCUGGUCGCGCCUGGGGCUGGCGCGCUUCGCGCUCGGCGACGCCCGUGGCUCCAUGGAGGCCUACCGCCAGGGCAUCGAGCACGAGGGCAGCGGCGGCAGCGACGCCAUGAAGAAGGGCUUCGAGACGGCGCGGCGGCGUGUCGAGGAGCUGGGCAACGAGGACGCCGACGCCAGCACGCCCGCUAGUCCCGGUGCGCGCGGUGCCGGAGGAGCCCCCGAUCUCAGCAGUCUGGCCGGCAUGUUCGGUGGUGGAGGUGGAGGUGGUGGCGGUGGCCAGGGUGGUGGGAUGCCGGACCUGAGCUCCAUCAUGAGCAACCCCAUGUUUGCCAACAUGGCGCAGAGCCUGAUGUCGAACCCGGACAUGAUGCAGAAUCUGAUGAGCAACCCGCGUCUGCGCGAGAUGGCCAACAGCUUCACAGGGGGUGGCGGUCCCGCCGGCGGCGGCGGCGGCGGUGGUAUGCCCGACCUCGGCAGCCUUAUGAGCGACCCCAAUAUCGCCGAAAUGGCCCGGAAUAUGAUGGGCGGUGGUGCUGGACGUGGUGCGCCGGGAUCCGGACAGGGCCAAGGCCAGUGA